AUGGCACCUCGUCAGAACGAGAUUCCUGACCAAUCUCUCUACACCUCUGUCAGACAAUAUGCGAGCGGCUAUGAUCACCCGGAUUAUAGCUGCAUCUUCGUGCAUGCGGGCGCUGGGUAUCAUUCGACUGAAAAUGAACAGAAACAUCUUAGAGCAUGUCGAAAUGCUUGCCAAGCUGCAAUGGCUGCCUUAAAGGCUGGUGGGACCUCAACUGAUGCUGUCGAGAUUGCUAUCCGAGUUUUGGAAGAUGACCCUGUCACCAACUGUGGUUACGGCAGCAAUCUCAACUUUAAUGGUGUUGUUGAAGCCGAUGCCUCGAUUAUGGAUAGCUUCGGCCGUACCGGUGCCGUUGGUGCUACUCCCCGUAAGUAUAUGCACCAUAUCACUCAGCUCCAUUCAAAGGAUAUUAACAUCAGACAUAAAGAAAUACAAAACCCCAUCUCUCUUGCACGCCUCAUUCUCGAACGAUCCUCCCAACCAAUGACUCUUAAGCGAGUGCCCCCUAAUUUUGUUGUUGGAGAGGGUGCAGUGGAUUACGCCCGCGAGCAGCAUUUCCCUGUUAGCUCUAAUGAAUCUCUUGUCGCCCAUUCAGCCCGUAUCCGGUUUUCUAAAUGGCAGAAGGAAAUCGAAUACCAAGAGAUUAUGAAACGCAGAGGGAAAGCACUAGAUAGAUCUCGUACCGCCGAUUUUUCUCUUCUCGGGGCCAGUACCCGCCCCAUUCAAGAAGCCGGGUCUGCUUUACCACCUACCGAAAAAGAGUUGCCUGGGACCCCACAAUUGCUUGAACAAAAGGUUGACCUCGUUACCGAUACCGUGGGAGCUAUUUCUAUUGACCGUUAUGGAAAUAUGGCUGCCGGUUCAUCUAGUGGCGGUAUUGGAAUGAAACAACCUGGCCGAGUGGGCCCCGCUGCUUUGAUCGGAGUUGGAACCUUCGUCAAAGAUCGAGGAGAACGGCAGGCUGCUACCGUAGUUAGCGGAACAGGAGAACAUAUGCUUCAUACUUUGAUAUCUGCUCAGGCUGUUAACCGCAUCUACGAUUCCAACGAUGAAUUAGACGCCAUGAAGAAGGUGAUUAAUGAGGAUUUCAUGGGUUCUCAAGGUUAUGGCAAGGCAAACAUUUGGGGCGAACCUGCCAUUGGCAUCAUGUCUGUCAAGGCCGAAAAUGUUUCUUCUAGCAAGAGGCUCAUUUCUUUCGUGUUUGGUCACAAUACUGAUUCUUUUGCCCUCGCUUCAAUGACGAGCAGUGAUACCGCUCCGAAAACCAUAAUGUCUCGUGUCUCUCGUGAACCCAAGUUGGCUGUUGGUGGGUCCUCCCGUCUUGUCCAAAUGCAGGUCAAAACGCACUCGGACGAAAAACAUAAGAAAGAUAAGAUGUCGAAACGACUUGGGAGACACGAUAAGAAAUACAACGUUCCACCUCCAGCUAAACAAGAAAGGAAAGCUACAAUUGCAGGUGGACUAGAAGGCUUGCAUCUCGACAAUCGAGACGGUGAAUCUAGCGGGCCGUCUUCGGGUGAUAGUAACAAGGCUAAUUGUGGGAGUUGGUUGAUUGACCUUUCCGACAGGGAGGGGCAGGCGUAA